AUGAGUAUAUCUAUAUUUAUUAAUUAUCGUUCAUUAUAUUUUAUACUUUUAUGGUCUAUAUUUAUUUGUCCAACAUAUUUAAUUAUAAUUUUAUUUGAAUCAAAUUUUCGUUGGAUGAAAAUCAAGUUUUUUAUUCUUUUUAAUGAACAAGGAUGGUAUUGGUUAUUUGCACCUUAUAUUAUUUCAUUAAUACCACUAGAUAUAAUUAUAUGUUCAUUAAUUGUCUUACCAGCUAUACUAUUUUUUCUUGUUUUUAUACCGAAUAUUCAACGAGUUAUAAAUUAUAGUCGAAUAUUAAUUUUAUUAACAAUUAGUUUUCUUAUUGUAUUUAUUAUAGCAUGUACAAGACAACCAUCUACAAGUACUCAUCCACAAAUAAUUCAAGUUCAACAUAUUUCACAAUCAAUGUAUAAAUUAAAUAAUCCAAAUAGAUUUCCAAUAGUUACUCUAAUUUAUUCACAAACAGUAUCGAUUUCUAUUAAAUCAUUUGGUAAUUUAGUUUUAUCAUCAACAUUAGAUGAAAUUGCAAGUAAAACUGGUUAUAGAUUAUAUGAUUGA